AUGGAGUUGGAUAGUGGCGCCGCUCACCCGACGCCGGGCGCCGCAACGCCGACGCCGUCCUCGGCGGACUUCCCCCUGUACUUCAACAUGGGCCGUGGCCUCACCUUCUCUUUUGACGAGGACUUUGCCGUGCUGCGUGCCACGAAAAAAGACUUCAACGAGCCUUGCUUCGCACUCGCGCUCAAGAUCGGGCCGCUUCCCGGGGUCCACUGCAGCGUCGUCGUGGUUCUUCGGCCCGGCGACUUGCUGAAGGUCGUCGACGUCGACAGCGAGACCUCGUUCCGCCACCUGGACCCGAAGACUGCAAACCGGCUGCAUUCGUCUGAGGCGCUCGCCGUGCUGAGAUUGCCGGACAUUGUGAAGAACGAGCAGGUCGGCACCGGAUUGCAUGCUGUGAGCGCGUUCGGAUGGGUGGUCAGAGAGCGCGGAGCCCUGCUCAAGUCACGUGCACCGGCGAGCGCUGAGAACCCGAUGGUUCAGGGGUUGAGGGCACUCAAAUCGGCGCUAGUGGAAUGCGUCAAGAGAUGCGUUGCUGAGAGGCGGUCGGCGCUGGCCAAUCACCCUACUGGGCCAAGUACCACCCCCCUCGACGACGACGGAAUCGAAACUAAGACGGCGUCUCAAGCUGGCGUGGAUCGCCCGGCGUAUUCCGGCGCGCACGACACUAGAACUAGCGGUCAUGUUGGCGGCGGUGGCGAGGCCGACUUGGUAGGAGGAGAGGAGCGGAGGGCAGGGUCCGUUGAGGAGUCAUCUACUGACUCAGAGUCAGAGUCGGGAUCCGAGGAGGAGGAGGAUGAAGAGGAGGAGGAGGAGGAGCGUGCAGGGAAGAAGGCUGUUGGUGCUGAGGCGGACACAGACGCCGACCACGGUGCUGGUCGUGACCCAACGUCGACCGGCGGGACAGGCGCAGCUGCAGCGUCGGCUGGGGACAAGCCUCGUAGGAAGGCGCCGGUGCAUGGUCAGCCUGCGUCGACCACAUCUUCAAAGUCGGCGUUUGCAGCCGCACUUGCUCACGUGAAGCGACUGGAAGAGGAGAACAGGAAACUGAGGGACGAGAAUACGGGGCUGCGGUCGGAUCUGGUUACCGAGAGGGGUCGGGCGGAGGGGUUGUUGGCGACGGCGGCUGAGUGCCUCGCGGCUGUCAAGUCGCUUACCGAACGCGUCGCCGCCGCCGAGCAGACCGCGGGGACACACAUCUCCACAGCCACAGCAGCCAUGACCGGCGUCUUCACCAAGGUGCUGGACGAUCGGGUUGCUCUGGUCAAGGCGUGCAGCAGCAUGGCGACGCCGUUGUUGGGGGAAAUCACAAAGGGCUUGGACAAGCUGGCCGUCGCCCGCCGUGAUGCCGACGUGCGGUUGGGGAACCACGUGACCAGCGUGGGGGAUAACGUUAAGGCGGUGUUGGCCGAUUACAUCCAGACCAAGUUAGCCUCAACUUCCACCAACAUCGUCGGCGGCUUAUCCCGCAGCAUCGCGCCGCCCCCGCCCGGUCCAUCCCCCGCGCUGCCUGAAGAAGUCAUCAAAGCAAUGAGGGAUGACAUUGUUCAGGCGGUAACCGCCGUCACGCAGCAGGCGCUGGGAACCGUCGGCUUCACGCUUCUGCCCAACGUGCUUGCUACAAUGAGGCUGGGGCGGCGUGGUUCGUCCCCGUCGGCCGGCGACCUGGAGUCCGCGCAAAGGCAAAGGCCGGAAAAAAGGGCUGGCAGCGGAAGUGCAGCCGACGGCGACAACACGGGAAAUUCGAAGCGGAGUAAAGGUGUUGGUGGGGAGCGAGCAGUCGGCGGCGACGUUCCAGAUCGUGCCCAGUCCGGCGGAGCCGGCGGCAGCUCAGAGGGCAGGACUGCCGCCGAGGAGGGUGUGCGAGCCGGCGGGUCUUCCACUCACGGCGGUGGAAGGAAAGGUCCGGAGAUUCCACGUCCUGGAGCAAGCGAGGUAGCACCACCGCCGUCCGAUCGUGGUAACGUCGCCGUUGAAUCGGUUGAAGUGCAGGCCGACGCGGCGAUACCUACCAUCAACACGGCGACCGGUGCCAGUACCAACGCCGGGUUGUUCCCGACAGGCGUUGAUCGCGGGCCGCCAUUCGAAGUUGAGGCUCCGUCAAUCGGCGAUCAGACUCACCAGGCUCCUGUGGUCGGCGUGGGGGGGGACACGGGCGCCCUCGGCGUGGAGGACACGGGCGAUCUCGGCGUGGAGGAUGAUCCCGUGGCGAGAGCGUUGAUGGAGGAGCUUCUUGCUUUUCAGGCGCCAUCGCAGCAGCAGCCCGUCGCCAUCGACAACGCCGCUGUCCCAACAACUCGCGGGGGGGCGCAACAUGUCGCCGGUACAGCACCAACAGCCCCGGUCUCGGCCGAUGUCAACGCGCGUCACACGGCAGCACCAUCUGCUGAUCCGCCGACAACUGGGCCCAUCGCAGCGCCAACCACGGGGCAAGACAACGCCGGUCAGACCCUCACGGACCCGGUCGCGGCCAUGCUUCUGGCCGCGGUCAACUCGUUUCAAGCGGCGGCACCUUCAUCGCAUCCGCCAACUACUGUCACCAGCGCUGCGCCGACCAUGCAGCUCCCUGCCGCUGUUGCCACGCCGUCGGACCCAGUCUCGGACAUGCUGAUGGCCGAGGUCAACGCGCUUUCAGCAGGUGCACAAUCCGCUCAACCGCAGACUCACGGCACGCGCACUGCGCCGACCACGGUGAACUUGGCGGAGCCCGUACACCAAGAAGCGGCAAACGAGACGGUUCCAACGGCGGUGCCAACGCAUCACCAGGUCGGCGCGGCGUCCGGACAAGGUGAUUGGGGCGCGGUGGCAGGAGACGAUGGUGCGGGGGAGAUCCCUCUCAUCAUCGAGGACGAGGAUGUGGAAUUGAUACAAGCGGCGAUGGAAGUAGACGAAGUUGCCGCACUUCAGUCUACCGUGCAGCUGGCCCGUUUGGCGUCCACCGGCGUCAGUGUAGCCGGCCAGGCUAUUCCGCCCAUUCAGAGUCAUCCUGCCGGCUUCAUACAGGUGGAUAGGGCCUUCCAGACCGACCCGACCGGCGUCAGUGGAGCUGACCAGGCUGGUCUGGCGGGACCGUCCACUCGGCCCACCGCCGUUACAGUGGCUACUCAGGCCGUCCAGGCUGUUCCGCCCAUACAGAGUCAUCCUGCCGGCUUCAUACAGGUGGAUAGGGCCUUCCAGACCGGCCCGAGCGGCGUCACUGGUUCUGACCAGGCUGGUCUGGCGGGACAGUCCACUCGGCCCACCGCCGUUACAGUGGCUACUCAGGCCGGCCAGGCCGGGCCUUCGGACAGGUCGGCGGGCGUCACUGUUGCGGACCUGGCGGGUCAGGCGGGGACGUCCACUGUUCUGGCCGGUGGACCAGUGGGUGAACACGCCGACAAGGAUGGACAGACCGAUCGUGCGGCUGGAGUCGGCGAAAAAAAGAAGAAACGGAAGGGUAAAGCCGCCGCGUCGCAGAAGGCCGUCGUUCCGAAAGAUCGCAGGGGGCAUGGUAUUAGGCUGGACAGGACGAGCGGUGGCGGGUGGCAGGGCGAGGUAAACCUGGCUGGAAAGAGUCGCUACACGGGGAGAUCGGACGACAGGAUGGAAGUGGCGUACCUCAACGGCGUUGCGACGACCAUCUUCGACGGACAUGCCAGCCAAGUCCUGUUGGCCGAAAUGACCGGCGUUAAAGCCGAAGAAAUGACGCGGUGGAAGGCGGAGUGGGAGGAGGCGAAGGUGAUGCCGAAGGGUAUGUGGACGGUGAUGUGGUCCCGCGGCGCCACCAUGUUUCGUGCAUGCCGGCCAAGCGCAAGCAGCAGCUCAGCGACAUCAUCAACCGCGCUUGGGCCAGUCGCGGCAGAUGCCGUCCCCAAAACUGGUGCAGACGCCAAGCGCAUAGGCCAAGCUGUCGCUGCUUCAUCUUGCGCCGUCUGGUGCUUUGCCGAGACCGUGGCCGAGGUCGGCAAUGCGGCGGGUGAAGCGAAGGCGGCGGCACUGCUGUGUGAAGCGAGCACCGAUUUUGCUGACACUUGUCACGACGUCGUGGUUGCGGUGCUAGAAACGGCGGUUGCGAGACAACCCGUCCUGGGAGAGGUCUCGUGCAACGUCACCGACGCACUGCAGAAGGAUGCUCUUCAGAAGGCGUGCAAGGGCUGUAACCCCACACCCGACGCCGAGAUUAUCGCGAGGGCGACUAUCGAGACCCUCGCUUUCUGGGGGUCGUGCAACGCCGGCGGCCCCCUUCUCCGAGCACGCGGCAUUCAAGUGCCGCUGGACAAGCAGAUGGAGAAGGAUAUGGAUAACAGGGGAAAGAAGGGACAGAAGGGGAAGCACGCCGCGUAG